AUGCAGCUCACCAACCUCAUCGCCUUGCUUAUUGCACCAGCUAUUGUGGCAGCUACCCUCCACCCAGCUUCGUCGAACACCAAGGGUUACAGACCGAGUAGACUAAACUGCGGUGCUGCAAAGGUCUCUAGGGCCAUCCAAGCGGCCGAGUGCUCCCACAACACUCGCACUUCCACCACCCAAACAUUCGCUGUCUUCGAGACUGACCACCAAUACGACUCCUCUCACGGUGCUCCCUACGGCACAUGCACUGCGUAUACCUGCGCUCCCCCUGCCAGUCAUGAGUUGGUGGCGAGCUCGGACUCCUGGAUCUUCUAUUGGGGCAAUGGUGGAAACAGCGCCGGAUUCGGCACGACCUGUAUCAAGUCUCCCAAGACCGGAGAGUGUGGCUGUGAGAACUCGAACGGUGUUUUUGUUGCCGGUAGCAAUAGCUGCGUUUAG